CUUUGGCCACCUAUAAAGCUUAGCAAUGGAAAAUAAGGAAAUUUUAAAGGAGGAAGAGUCCUUGAACGGCCCCGGAGAAAGAGCAGCUCUUGAACCAACCAUGUUCACCGCCAUGGAGACCUUCGAGAUCAAUGAUCCAAAGCCCAAGAAGAAAUAUGGGAUGAGCUGCUUCCUGGCCAUGGUGUCCAUCUACUUGGUUCUGCUCACUGUGGGUGCCGGGUUGCUGGUCGUGAAGGUUCUGAAUCUGCAGAAGCGGCUCUGGGCCCUGGAGAUGCAGUUCGCCGAUGAAACGCCGGCCACUGGGGACAGCCCGUCGUUCUUUUCGUUCCAGUCAGCGCACGCCCCACGCCUGGCUGGGGCUGCACCGAGGCUGCAAUUCCUGCAGGCCCAGCUCACCGACGUCCGUGUCAGACAGGAGCACCUGAAGCAACAGGUGGACAACUUCACUCAGAGCCCAGGCCUCCCAGGACCCAAAGGUCCUCCAGGAAUCAAGGGAGAGGCAGGCACCCCGGGACGCCAAGGAGAGAAGGGCAGCAAAGGCGAUGGGGGUCUCACUGGCCCAAAAGGGGAAACAGGAGCCAAGGGAGAAAAAGGAGGCCUGGGUCUCCCAGGAAGCAAGGGGGACAGGGGCCUGAAAGGAGACACAGGGUUCAUGGGACUCCCCGGAGCCCCGGGGAGUAAAGGUGACUCGGGGAGGCCAGGCCCUCCAGGUGUGGCUGGAAUUCCUGGACUCAAAGGAGAUCAAGGACAAGCCGGAGUGAUGGGUCUUCCAGGCCCUCCGGGCGCGGCAGGAUCCCCAGGUGCCAAGGGUGAGCCUGGCAGCGCUGGCCCCCCUGGGCUCACAGGACCACCAGGGAUAGUCGGAAGUCCAGGAGCCCCAGGCAUGAAAGGAAGCAAGGGAGACACAGGACUUCAAGGACAGAAAGGAACAAAAGGAGAAUCAGGAGUUCCAGGAACUGCAGGCGUGAAGGGAGAAAAGGGAAGCACAGGCCUGGCAGGCCCCAAGGGUGCCCCUGGACCAGGUGGCCAAAAGGGAGACCAAGGAGCGAAAGGAUCUUCUGGGGUACCAGGAGUAAAGGGAGAAAAAGGUCAAAAAGGUGACUCCAUGUUAGCGGUCAGGAUCAUCGGCUCUAGCAACCGAGGCCGGGCUGAAGUUUUCCAUAACGGUUCCUGGGGAACAAUCUGUGAUGACGGCUGGGAUAAUUCGGAUGCCACUGUCUUCUGCCGCAUGCUGGGUUACUCUACUGGAACGGCCAUUGCCAGUUUUGGAGGUGGCACUGGGGAGAUCUGGCUGGACGAUGUUGCCUGCCGAGGGUCAGAGCACACCCUGUGGAGCUGCAACAAGAGCAGCUGGGGCUCUCACAACUGCAACCACAGUGAGGACGCGGGCGUGAACUGCAGCUGAGCCUCCGCAGGCCUUCACCACUCUGCUCCGAAGGCGUCUGCAGCCUGGAUGCUCAGCCCAGCUAGGGAAGGCCAGCGUGCCCAGAGGGGUUCCCUGGGAGUGGCUGAGAGGCGUCUAGGGUGGGGCCACUAAUAAAGCUCAAAGCGCUACCUGGCAACGUCA